AAUGUGAGCGCGGGGCGCUGGGCCGACUGGGAGCUCAGUGUGGGGCUAGAGUAGCGAGUGCGAGCUGGACUUGUUAGGGAGCUAGCCAGCGUCGAGGGGGUGAGAGCUCGAAAGGAGCCAGGUGACUGCCCGAAGCCAGUGCACAGGGCGGUCAUCGCAGCUGAAGGGGUCGCGCAGGCAACUUCCGGCUGCGGGUGCUGAGGCCCUGCAAGGGUCUCAGGACCCCCGGGGUGGGGGCGAGCGGGCUGUUUCCCAGAGCCUGGAGACGCCUGACUCGCGGAGGACGGAGUAGGUGAAGUGUUGCCCGACCUGCCAGCCUCACCAGAGAAGGCUAACUAGUAGGCAGGAAUUGGGAUAACCAGACAUAGAGGCCCAGAAAGGACCAUCACUUAGAAUAACCCCUUCGUUUUACGAAUGGAGAAACAGAGGCAGAGUGAAGAUGAGUUAGCAAGAGCAAGCAGCAAGUUCCUGACAGCUGGCCCUAGAAGCCAGGUCUCAAUCCUCCACGCAGAGCCCUUCCCCAUCCCCUCAACUUUCACAGGGGACUUUUUUCUAUUCACAACCUCUUGUUUGCCUCCUGGAGUGAAAUAGAGUGAAUAAAGGGGACCCAAAUGCAAGAGGAAGCGGAAAAUACUUUUUCUGUCCACUUAGAAAUUUUAACAUCCUUUUUAGUGGCAUAAGUCCCAUAGUCCCCUUCAUAUGUUGAUACUUGCCCAGCCACAGGGAACUUAUGUUGCUUUCUCUUAAGUCACAUCUCAGAUGAUGAUAUUCCUAAACAGUUACUGAAUUAUUAAAAUUCUAUCUUAGGUAUCCCAAUCUUGCUGUUUGCUAGUCACUAUACAUAAGGGAGUUUGACCGGGUGGCCUGCCUGUUAGCACAGUGAAUGAAUGGAUCUGUGAUAUAUGUAGGGAGGGCUGGUUGUCCUGCAGGACUGGGUUCCUCUGAGCUCCAGCAAGAGCCAGCUAUUCCUUGGAUUAGCUGGUGCAGAUGUUCUGCCCGGACAUGGACAGGCCCGACCCCGGCUUCUGCUGUUUCUCCUCAUAGAUGUCACCUCCCAUAAGAUGAAGCUACUAGCGGAGAUUCCUAAGCUACGGCUUAGGAAGAGAUCCUAAGCUUUCAGAGUAAAUCCAUCCCUUUCUCCUACCUUAAUAGGUUGCCCUUCAUACUUGCAAUGGUGUCACUGUCCCCCAGGAAAGCAGUCUGCUUUUGGAAGUGUUUUUCAAGAGCCUGUAAAGGGUUUGUGCUGAAUUGUACCCACUGUCAUCUGGUGCAUGCUUUUGUGAGCUAAGUGGUCAUUAGCACCUUUCCCUCUCACCUGUCAAACUGAGUUUAUACUUUUUCUUUCUUUAUUUUGAGCUUAUACUCUUGAGCUACAAAUUUCUGGAGGCCCCAGCCUGCUGAUAUGUGAAGAAUUCACCAAUGUUUCUCUGCAUAGUUAGUGCUAAAAGGGCCUCAAGUGGGAAAACCUCCUACUACUCCCUGAAAGUAAAAGCCUUAUCAACCAAUAGUUCACACUUUAUUUCUCCAGUAGAAUGCAUAUCCCUGGAGCCUUAAGAGGGCUUGAGAUGAGCUAGAACCCAGGAGCUGUCUAAGAGAUAAUUUCCCGGGCAAAGUUAAGGAGAAUAGGUCACAGUGGCUGGACAGUGAGGUCACAGAGAGGUUUGUUUGCCCCAGACUCCAUGGGGGAGGGGCCUAAGAGGCAGAGGGGCCCCAGAGGUCCCCCAAGCCCAGGAAGGGGACAUGGUGUGGGAAAGGCAGCAGGGACAGGGGCCAGGGAGCCGAGUACGGGGGGCCAAGGGCCCCGGAGAGAUGAGGGCAGGAGCAGGGAGGGGGCAGUCAGGAUGGUGAGGAGAAGCCGGAGACGGAAGCUGCCAAAAUUCACCGGGCUGUGCGGACGGGAGGAGGGGCUCAGGGUGAAGCGGAGCUGCCCUUCUUGUGGCCCAGAGCCUGGGGGUGAAGAGAAGAAGGGGAGAGGGAAUCCAAUUUCUUUUCAGUUGUUCCCCCCAGAGCUGGUGGAGCACAUUGUCUCAUUCCUCCCAGUCAGAGAUGUAGUUGCCCUAGGCCAGACCUGCCACUACUUCCACGAAGUGUGCGAUGCUGAGGGCGUGUGGAGACGCAUCUGUCGCAGGCUCAGUCCACGCCUCCGAGAGCAGGGUUCUGGGGUCCGGCCCUGGAAGAGAGCUGCCAUUCUUAACUACACAAAGGGCCUAUAUUUCCAGGCAUUUGGAGGUCGCCGCCGAUGUCUCAGCAAGAGCGUGGCCCCACUGCUAGCCCAUGGCUACCGCCGCUUCUUGCCUACAAAGGACCACGUCUUCAUUCUUGACUACGUGGGAACCCUCUUCUUUCUCAAAAAUGCCCUGGUCUCCUCCACCCUUGGCCAGAUCCAGUGGAAGCGGGCCUGCCGCUAUGUUGUGUUGUGUCGAGGAGCCAAGGAUUUUGCCUCAGACCCAAGAUGUGACACAGUUUACCGUAAAUACCUCUACGUCCUGGCCACACGAGAGCAGCCCGGUGUGGUAGGCACAACCGGCAGCCGGGCCUGUGACUGUGUUGAGGUCUAUCUGCAGUCCAGUGGGCAGCGGGUCUUCAAGAUGACAUUCCACCACUCCAUGAGCUUCAAACAGAUUGUACUGGUUGGUCAGGAGACCCAGCGGGCGCUACUGCUCCUCACAGAGGAAGGAAAGAUCUACUCUUUGGUAGUGAAUGAAACCCAGCUGGACCAGCCACGUUCCUACACAGUUCAGCUGGCCCUGAGGAAGGUGUCCCGUUGCCUGCCUCACCUACGUGUGGCCUGCAUGGCUUCCAACCAGAGCAGUACCCUCUACAUCACGGCUGCUGAGCUGAGGUCUCCUGACCCCCCAGACCAGGGGGGAGUGUAUUUUGAGGUGCAUACCCCAGGGGUGUAUCGUGAUCUCUUUGGGACCCUUCAAGCCUUUGACCCCCUGGAUCAGCAGAUGCCGCUUGCUCUCUCACUGCCAGCCAAGAUUCUUUUCUGUGCUCUUGGCUACAAUCACCUUGGCCUGGUGGAUGAAUUUGGCCGAAUAUUUAUGCAGGGAAAUAACAGAUAUGGGCAGCUGGGGACAGGGGACAAAAUGGACCGAGGGGAACCCACACAGGUACCUUAUCUGCAAUGUCCCAUUGCCCUGUGGUGCGGCCUCAACCACUCCCUGGUGCUGAGCCAGGGCUCGGACUUCAGCAAGGAGCUGCUGGGCUGCGGCUGUGGGGCUGGGGGCCGCCUACCUGGCUGGCCUAAGGGAAGUGCCUCUUUCGUCAAGCUCCACAUCAAGGUCCCUUUGUGCGCCUGCUCCCUCUGCUCCACCCGGGAGUGCCUCUACAUGCUGUCCAGCCAUGACAUCGAGCACAAUCCCUCCUAUCGGGACCUGCCAGCCAGCAGGGUGGUGGGGACUCCGGAGCCCAGCCUAGGGGCCGGAGCACCCCAGGACCCUGGGGGCGCGGCCCGGGCCUGUGAGGAGUACCUCAGCCAGAUCCACAGUUGCCCCACAUUGCAGGACCGCAUGGAGAAGAUGAAGGAGAUCGUGGGCUGGAUGCCCUUGAUGGCUGCACAGAAGGAUUUCUUCUGGGAGGCCCUGGACAUGCUGCAGAGAGCUGCUGGAGGGGGUGGCCCAGGCCCCCCACCCCCUGAGAGCUGACCCCCCUCUCCUAUCCUCACCCCUGGAGGGAGUCUGGCCCUGGGCCAGGCAGGGGCUAAGGAGAGCUAGAAUGGUAGCAAUGAACACUGUGUGUGCAUGGGGUGGGGUCACGGGGGGUGGGGACUGCCAGACAUGCCAGGGUAGGGCAGGAAACUGUUUUGUAAAAUGUUCAGGGGGCUGCCCAGGAGGGGCCCCCAACCUGACUAUCAUGGACAAGAGAUUUGAUGGACAAAUAGAAUAAAAGGCUGAAGCGAG